UAACCGUCACCAGGACUACGUCGUCGUCGUCUCUCUCUCUCUCUCUCGCCCCCCCCCCCCUACCGCUCUCUGCUGUGAUUCUGAUAGCUUUUCUUGACGAUGGAAAGGUGGUUGAGACGAUAAAGGUUGAGAAUCUCGUCCGAUGCUGCAGGGAGUCCCCACUUCUUUUGUGUUCUCUCUAUGUUAAACCGACUUUUUUCCAGCCAUCUGAUCUCUGUAAGUCUGUGCUCGAGCCUCUCUCAUGGCGUGACAGAAAUCAUACGACUAUGGGCGUAUAAUACUGUAAUCAGGGUCUGUGCUGUGUGACAUGCGGGAGGUCGCGUGUUCGAUGCGUGGAGUUCGGGAUUUCGGCCAUGUGAAAACAUCGCUACGCAGACAUCAUGGCGAUUAGCUCUUCUUCUCUGUGACGUUCGUUGGUCUUGCCAUACGACUUCUGUAUAGGACUGCUGUGUGACAGCAUAGCACUGCGUAACAACAUGGUAUAAGCAGUUUGCUUUUCGCUCACAUCGUUAUUUUGUAUGAGAUUCUGGCAUGUGUUUUACCUUUGUAAUAGAGCUUUGCUGUUUAUCUCGUGAGCGGCUUGCUUGCCUUUCGCCAUAUCUUUUGUCCGUGUACGUACUUUCGAUAUCUCUCGUGUCGGUGUACGUACUUAAUACCCAUUUACGGGAUGUCUUUUGAAACAUGUGCCUCGCUCUCUCAUGUAUGGGUAUAUGGCGGGUACGAUGGCGUCUCUCUUCCGUUUCUUUUCCUUUCUCUACCGGCCAAUCAAGGGUGAUGAUGGUGGGUAUAUGGCGGGUACGAUGGCGUCUCUCUUCCGUUUCCUUUCUCUACCGGCCAAUCAAGGGUGAUGAUGGUGGUUGUAAUGGCGCGUAGGGUGGCAGUUUUCUCGUCGUGGGAAACGGAUUGCGUCAUGCUAUUGCCGCAAGGGGGAACAGACGGAACUGCAAUUUCACGUACUGAGUUUGUUGUCCGAGUUUCGUCGUUCAAUGUUUGGGAGUCGAUGGAUGGAUGGAUUGGUGUGCUCGACUCAAAGCUAGCAAGAGGAGAGGAAAGGAGAAGAGAAGAGGGGAGGCAAAUGAUUAUGACUAGAAUACUAGUCAGCGCCAGUGAGGUGCUACAUGACGAGCGUCCAGGAGCGAAGAGGAAGGAGAUACCGGUGCGCACCGCGUCUACCGUUGUCGCACUCAUCCUCUUUUGUCGCGGUCAUUGGAAGCGGGAAGGGCUGCGGCUCGACCACUUUUCCCUUUUCCCGCCUUGCCUUUUCCCAUUUUGGAAGCAAGGGUUGGAGUUUACGCGAUGCGAUGCUGUGGAGUAUCGGUGGUGGUGUAGCCAAGGAAUUCCCUUGGGAAUUCUCUUGCCAUCUGGCGGGCUGGGAUUGCAUCCACGUGGCGGCGGGUGACGUGGUUUAGGCGUCAUUGCUGAGCCGCCGAGCAAUUACUAUUGAUUAGAGUUCCAUGGAAACGGUUUUUCGUGGGUGCGAGAGAAAGGGAGUGUGAAAGGGAAGGGAACGGGCAUACCCGCCACGCGUCGAAAGGCUCGUCAGACAGAGACAAGGUAGUGAUAAGGUCCUUGGCUCCUGCUGGAGCUGGAGUGGUCUACUUCCCAAGUGUAGGUCUCCGACAGGACUUGAUUGCUGGUGUGGAGGUGGAUUGGGUUGCGUCUGCCUCCGCGUGUCAGGCGAUUUCUCUCUCAUCAGACAAAGAGACAACGUCUAUCCUUCUGGGCGGAUUGUGAUUGGCGGCGGGGUUUGUGGUAGUGUAAAGGGGUUGGUUGGUUGGUUGGUUAACCCCUCUCGUACUUUGCUGGUUUCUAUGUUCAAGGGCUAAUCGUCCGAUAUGGUUUCUAUGUUCAAGGGCUAAUCGUCCGAUAUCUGAGAGAUACACCUGUACAGUCUCUAGGAUAAUUUUUUUGACACGCGGCACUCGGCCACGUCAAUCGCCGGCGGUACGUGCACGUGUCUUGGUGUGCUUCAUCCACGUGGCCAAGAGUGAUGAACAAUGACGGACUGUGAUCAUUCGCGCGGGGAAGCGCGCGCGGUCCCGAUUCUUGCUUGCGCACGGUCCGUCGUUGGAGUUGGAGCUGUGGGCAGCAAUCAUUUCGCGGGAAGCACGUGUCUUGGAGUUGGAGCUGUGGGCAGCAAUCAUUUCGCGGGAAGCACGUGUNCAAUCAUUUCGCGGGAAGCACGUGUCUUGGAGUUGGAGCUGUGGGCAGCAAUCAUUUCGCGGGAAGCACGUGUCUUGGAGUUGGAGCUGUGGGCAACAAUCAUUUCGCGGGACGGCGGCAGAUGGCUCAAUUAGGCUGACACGUGUCGCAGGAGGCGUACGCUAGUCGAGAUGGUGCGGACAGUUGGCCCAAUCGGUACUGGGAUUGGAGAAGGGCGAUGCGGGUGAAGAAAAAAGGCUGGGUGAAGAAAAAAAGGCUGUUUCUUUCUGUUUUUCUUUAAACGGGGAGCAGACAGGGGAGGCAGAGGAGCGGGGAGGGAAGAGAGGUCGGGGAGAGAAGAGGAGGGGAGAGGUUUCGCAACAAUUUACCUUUCGGCGGGCCCCUGAAAGCAAAAUGAAAGAAAGAGAAAGGGAUAGUGAGCGAGCGAUCGAGCGAACGAAUUGUAUGAUGAGGUGUAGUCAAGUCAAAUUGAAAGGUCGUGUUUCCCGCCUGUGGUAAAUUCCCCGAAUGGAGGAUUAGCGAGGAGAGAGAGAGAGAGAGAGAGAGAGAUCUGCGCGAUGGCAGGGAGCUAGCUCGCGCGUUCUAUGAGACUCUGUGCUUGCCUGAUGUAUAGGGCAUAGCUGCAAACCUGUGCCGACUGUGGAGUGUACGUUUUUCGUGGAAUCGGACUGAAGUCAGGUUCAGCGUCGUGUAUUCCCUGCUGUCAAUGCACAGAGAUUGUGAAAGGGAGGUACUGUCAUGAAGCAGAAGGAUACUAUUUCAGGCAAUGUCCGAGUUCUACAGGUGUUAGGGCUUCUCUCUCUCUCUCUCUCUUUGUCUGUCUCUUGGUCUCUCUCUCCUCUCUCCUCUCCCCUCUCCCUCGGUCGGUCACUCGCUCGCUUGCUUCUUGUCCCUUCCCCUCUCAUUCAUUGUAUCUUCCUUAGCUAACAGAAGUACGAGGGUUUAAGAGCGUAGUGACUUGUACGGAUUUAUAGGGUGCUCAGACCUAGCAGGUGGGAAAAAGAGAGAGAGAGAGAGAGAGAGGAAACAGGGAAAAUAGGAAAAUUAACGAACAUAAAGGGCGCUCGCUGUGGCAAGCCGGUGGGUGCCUUGGUGGCUUUCAUCGUCGUCUCCCUCUCCCAAUUCUCCAUCACUCCUCUGGGCUCUUGGUGCGUGGUGCUGGCUUGUCCGAUUACCUAUCUUGGCUGGACGAACGU